CUGGGGGAGGGCUGAGAGCCCUGUGCGCAUGAGCUGAGAGAGAGAGAGAGAGAGAGAGAGAGGGAGAGGGGACAGGAGAAAAAGGAGAAACUUGGACCGAGAGGCGACACACCAGGAACACCAACAUCAUGAUAUUCCAACUCGCAGCCCUUUUGUGUUUAGGGGCGCGGUCGUUGGCCGAGCUGCCUGAGCGUGGGGAUGUGUGCACGGAGGGAAGCUGCUACCCUGCCACUGGAGACCUGCUUAUUGGCAGAGCCCAUCAGCUCUCAGCCACCUCCACCUGUGGCCUGGAGAAAGCCGAACCUUUCUGCAUCGUCAGUCACCUUCAGGAAGAGAAGAAAUGCUUUGUGUGCGAUUCUAGGGAGUCCUACAGUGACGCCGCACAUACAACCAGCCACAGUAUCGAAAAUGUGGUGACCACAUUUGCUCCUAACCGACUUAAGACUUGGUGGCAGUCAGAAAAUGGCAUGGAGAAUGUGACCAUCCAACUGAACCUGGAAGCAGAGUUCCACUUCACCCAUCUCAUCAUGACCUUCAAGACCUUCCGGCCAGCUGCCAUGGUGAUCGAGCGCUCAGCUGACUUUGGAAAGACAUGGCAGGUGUACCGUUACUUUGCCUAUGACUGCGAGUCCUCCUUUCCCUUGAUCUCUCGGGGCCCCAUGAAGAAGGUGGAUGAUGUCAUUUGCGACUCUCGCUAUUCUGAUAUUGAACCAUCUACAGAGGGAGAGGUCAUCUUUCGAGUAUUGGACCCAGCAUUCAGGAUUGAUGAUCCUUACAGCCCAAGGAUCCAAAAUAUGCUGAAGAUUACUAACCUGAGAGUGAAGUUUACUAAGCUGCACACACUGGGGGACAAUCUGCUGGACUCACGUAUUGAGAUCAAGGAGAAGUACUACUAUGCCAUUUAUGACAUGGUGGUGAGGGGUAACUGCUUCUGCUAUGGCCACGCUUCUGAAUGUGCUCCCAUCGAUGGAGCUGGAGAGGUGGUGGAUGGAAUGGUCCAUGGCCACUGUAUGUGUAACCACAACACCAUGGGGCUGAACUGUGAGCUCUGUCAGGACUUCUACCAUGACCUGCCCUGGAGGCCUGCAGAGGGGCGUAACACCAAUGCCUGCAAAAAGUGCAACUGCAAUCACCACAGUACCUCGUGCCACUUUGACAUGGCUGUGUACCAGGCCUCAGGUAAUGUUAGUGGAGGAGUGUGUGAUGACUGCCAGCACAACACUAUGGGCCACCAUUGCGAGCAGUGCAAGCCCUUCUUCUACCAGCAUCCUGAGAGGGACAUUCGUGACCCCAACAUCUGCGAGGCCUGUGACUGUGAUCCCAUUGGUUCUCUGAAUGGAGGCAUCUGUGAUGGGCUGACAGAUGUCUCUCUCGGACUGAUCGCGGGACAGUGUCGUUGUAAGCCUAACGUGGAGGGGGAGCGUUGUGACCAGUGCAAACAAGGCCAUUAUGGCCUUAGUGACGAUCCUCUGGGAUGUAAAGCUUGCACCUGUAAUCCUGUGGGGACAAUCCCAGGUGGAAGCCCUUGUGACACAAGUUCAGGGAACUGCUACUGUAAGCGCUUAGUUACGGGGAGAGACUGUGACCAGUGCUUGCCUCAGCACUGGGGGCUCAGCAACGACAUGGACGGCUGCAGGCCAUGCGACUGUGAUGCUGGAGGUGCUCUCAAUAACGAUUGUUCUCCAGAGACAGGGUUUUGCCAGUGUCGGGAGCACAUGUCAGGCAGACGCUGUGACCAAGUGGAGUCCGGUUUUUACUUCAUUGCUCUGGACCAUUACGUUUAUGAGGCAGAAGAUGCCAAGUUUGGACCUGGUGUCACAGUUGUGCAGAGACCAUAUCCUCAGGACCGCAAUCCAACCUGGACUGGUAUUGGCUUUGUGAAUGUUCCAGAAGGAGCUUAUCUGGAGUUCAGCAUUGACAACAUCCCGUUUUCCAUGGAAUAUGACAUCCUUAUUCGCUAUGAACCCCAGCUUCCAGAGCAGUGGGAGGAAGUACUGAUGACUGUCAUCAGGCCUCAUGGCAUCACUGCUGACAGCCGCUGUGCCAACACUAUGCCAGAUGAUGACAACCAAAUGGUGUCUCUACACCCUGGCUCCAGAUAUGUGGUGUUACCCAGGCCAGUGUGUUUUGAGGAGGGGUUGAACUACACAGUGCGUCUGAGUCUUCCUCGCUACUCUACCAGCAGUGACGUCCAGUCCCCAUACACACUCAUUGACUCACUUGUGUUGAUGCCACACUGUAAGAAUCUGGAUAUCUUCUCUGGUUCCGGAUCAGAGGGAGGUGACUUGGAGACCAACAGUGCGUGGGACACCUUCCAGCGCUACCGCUGCUUAGAGAACAGCCAGUCUGUGGUGAAGACCCCUAUGCCUGACAUCUGCAAGAACUACAUCUUCAGUGUGUCUGCUCUACUGCAUCAGGGAGCUAAAGCUUGUGCAUGUGACCCUCAGGGGUCUCUUAGUACGGUGUGUGACCCAAAUGGUGGCCAGUGCCAAUGCCGGCCCAACGUGGUGGGCCGAAACUGUGACAGGUGUGCCCCUUCUACUUUCCUCUUUGGACCUCAGGGCUGCAGACCAUGUGAGUGCAAUCCACAGGGCUCAGUGCAUGCAUUCUGUCAUGAGGCCACUGGUCAGUGUGAAUGUAUUCCCGGAGCGUAUGGACGUCAGUGUGAUCGCUGUCUCCCUGGACACUGGGGCUUCCCAACCUGCCGGCCAUGUACUUGUAAUGGCCAUGCGGAGCAGUGUGACCCCCAAACGGGGCAGUGCUUAGACUGUAGGGACCACACCACUGGACACAGCUGUGAGAGAUGUUUGCACGGUUAUUACGGUGACCCUGUCCUGGGAUCUGGAGACCACUGCCGCCCCUGCAUGUGUCCAGAUGGCCCUGGCAGCAGCCGACAGUUUGCUGGGGCAUGUUAUAAGAGCCAUGACUCCAACCAGGUGUAUUGUUUAUGCAACCAGGGCUAUAAAGGUGCAAGGUGUGAUGAGUGUGCCCCAGGCUACUAUGGAAACCCUCAUGAGGCUGGUGGAGAGUGUCGUCCUUGCCAGUGCAGUAACAACAUUGACAUGAUGGACCCAGGAUCAUGUGAUGUGCACACAGGCGUCUGCCUCAAAUGUUUGUACCACACAGAGGGUGAGACCUGCAGCCACUGCAAGCUGGGUUACUAUGGUGAUGCCCUUACACAGAACUGCAGACGGUGUGUGUGUAACCAUAUGGGCACUAGGCAGGACACCUGUCCCUCUGCUGGCGAAUGCCAUUGUGACCAGAACAACGGGCAGUGCCAGUGCCUACCCAACGUAGUUGGACAGAACUGUGAUUUUUGUGCCCCAGACACUUGGAACAUGGCCAGUGGUCAGGGCUGCGAGGCCUGUGACUGCGACCCCAAUCACUCAUCCAGCUCUGCCUGCAAUGAGAUAAGUGGCCAGUGUAUGUGUAAGCCUGGAUUUGGAGGAAGAACAUGCAGGGAGUGCAGAGAGCUGUUUUGGGGUAACCCUGAAGUCAAAUGCCAUGCAUGUGACUGUGACCCCAGAGGAAUUGCUGAGCAGCAGUGUAACAAAGCCUCGGGACAUUGUGUGUGUGUGGAGGGUGUGUCGGGCCCCCGCUGUGACACUUGUGCUCGGGGUUACUUUGGUGAAUUCCCACACUGUGAACGCUGCCACCAGUGCUUCGCUGAAUGGGAUGUGAUCAUAGGAGACCUCACUAACCAAACGCACAGACUGGUGCAGAAAGUUAACGCCAUUAAAUCCAAUGGCAUCUCGGGGCCCUACCAGGACACCAUCAACAACGUGGAGAAGAGUGCCAAUUCCAUCCGUGAGCUUCUGGCCCAGAACCCCGCCACUCAGCCGCUCACUGAGAUCCAGAGCCUGGUGGAGCAAGCUACAUCCAUGAUGGCUGAAAUGAAUGAGAAGCUGAAUCAGACAGAGGAGCUCUUGUCUCAGAUCUCUGACAACAGCACUGACUCAAAGCUGGAAACACUCAGUGAAGAAGCUCAGAAACUGCAGCGCACUGUAAAAGACCUGCAAGACCAAGUUGAGUUUAUCAAGAAUUCAGAUGUGCGAGGAGCAUUAGACAGUAUGAGGAAAUACAUGCAGGAGUCUGAAGCAGCAGAGGCUCGCGUGAAUGCCUCCAUUAGUGAUCCCGAGAGCCUGGUGGAGCAGUCAGCCUCACUGCGCAAUUACACAGAGUCCAUGAUGAAUGAGACUAAAGAGGAGUUUCAGAAGAAGCAAGAUGAGCAUACCAAGGCACUGGACAAUCUGGCUGGCCAGCUUGAGACCCUGGACCUGUCUGAACUCAGUGAGAAGACUUGUGGCAGCCGUGCUGGCUCUGAGGCCUGUGCUGACUCUCCGUGUGGAGGUCUGGGCUGUGUGGAUGCUGAAGGAAACAGGAAGUGUGGGGGAGAGGGAUGUAAUGGUCUCACCACAUUGGCCCAUAAUGCCUGGCAGAAAGCCAAGAACUUUGACCAGGAUAUUGUCAGUGCCAUGGAGGAGGUGGACAAACUUUCCAAGAUGGUGUCAGAAGCAAAAGUAAAAGCAGAUGAGGCCAAGCUGAAUGCUCAAGAAGUGCUGCAGAAGACCAAUAGGACCAAGCAGCGUGUGGAUGACAGCAACGAGGAGCUGCGCAGGCUCAUCAGACAGAUCCGAGACUUCCUCACCCAAGAAGGAGCAGAUCUGGAGAGCAUUGAGGCUGUGGCUAACGAGGUGCUGCAGAUGCAGAUGCCCACCACGCCGGAUCAGCUGCAGAAUCUGACAGCAGAUAUUCGGGAACGUGUGGCCAGCCUGUCUGACGUGGCAGAUAUCCUUAACGAGAGCACUGCUGAUAUUGAGAGAGCUGAGGCCCUGCUGGAGCAGGCCCGCAAAGCCAGGAAAGAGGCAUCUGAUGUGAAGAGCACAGCUGAGCUGGUACAGGAAGCUCUGGACCAGGCAGAAAAAGCUCAGACAGCUGUGACUGAGGCCUUGAAGCAGGCCACUAGUGACAUCAAGGGAACACAGGAUCUGCUUGUAUCUGUGGAGUCAGAGACGGCAGAUUCAGAGUUCAAGCUGAGUAAUGCUACUCAGAGGCUACUUCAGCUGGAAAAGGAUGUAGCUCUUUUGAAAGAAAAAGCACUCAACACUUCUACCAGUGCUGAAAUGACAGAGAGAGACACAGACAGUGUCAGUGAGCUGGCAGAACAGAUCAAAAAGGAUCUGGACACAGAGCUGAAGGAUAAAUAUGGUACUGUGGAGGAGCUCAUCACUCAAAAGGCUCAGGGUGUAGCAGAUGCUAAGAAAAGAGCUGAGAUGCUUCAACAGGAAGCCAAAGAGCUGCUGCUGCAAGCUAGUGACAAACUACAACUUCUCAAAGAUUUGGAAAAAUCCUACGAUGAAAACCAGAAGACGCUGGAAGAUAAAGCCAACCAGCUGAUGGAUCUAGAAAAGGCUGUGAAAGAGUUACUUCAAGAAAUUAGCCAGAAAGCCACCUUAUACAGCACCUGUCUGUUUUAACAACAAAGCCAUUAGGAGUAAGACACUGACAAUCAUUGAUAAAUCAAAGAAAGGUAUACCAAGGUCUUGGUUAAGGAAAGUGGAAUGUACUGUGGAAUUUAAAAUGACUAUAUACUAAAAAGUAAAUGAAUGAAUGUGAAGUUUGACCUGUUUGGCCAUGUGACUGCAAAGGUCUCUGCCAAUAAACAAUGAUUUUUAAACAACAGAAUAGAUUCAACUUUUUUUUUUUAUUUUUUUUUUUAUAGAUUUUUGUACCAAAUUGUGAAUGAACAUAAACCAAAUAAACCUCUCAUGCAAGCAAUAUACAA